AUGGAUAGAAGUGAAUAUGAUAAGGUGCCUACACAUGAUGAACAAACGGAAUCUAUUUCGAAGAAAACUAUUAUGGACCGAGCACACCAAUUAUCGUGGUGUUCAAUUGCUUUCACGCGAAAUAGAUUGAAGAUUAUAUGUACAGCGUUGGUACUUGUUAUCGCUGUUGCUGUUUCGAUAGGGUUCUUCGCCUUUUCUCAACCAUUAUCGAACGAUCAAGACGAUACAGUUCUUCAACUGCGGUCAUACGUAGGAAACAAAAGGCGCCCAACAACAAAUAAUCUUGGAUAUAUGAACAUUUACAUCGACCAGGACAAUCGACGACCCUAUCAACGGUUUCGUUUUCCUGUAGCUCGAUACAGUCGUCGUGACAAUCCGCUACGUGGUCCAUUUUUCAGUUUCUUACCGUCGGUCCCCAUCUUUGCCGAUCGAUUAUCUAAACAAACCAUCAUUUAUUCAUCAUCAGGCGUUUACAUCAUUCCACCCGUGAUCAACAUGUAUGGUCAAGUGUUUUCUGUUGCUCAACUCAUCGCUUCAGGUUAUGCAAGUUUAGUCAGCAGUGGAUCGGCCUUGACUGGAAACAUCGAUAUGCUUCGUUAUUUUAAUCCGAUACCAUUGAUUGGUCCAGGUAUCCCAGUACUCAAUCCUACCAAAGGUGGCUUUAGCGGUGGAAUGCAUGGUAACUUUGGUUCGUUUCAUAAAACUCAAGACUAUGAAGCAACGGCAGAAGGCGACUAUUCGCAAGAAACACAAGAAGAUGGAUAUGACGGAGACGAAGAAGAAGACGAAGGAGAACGAAGUUAUUAUCGAUCUCCUUACAACUCACGUAGAACGACCAAAAAAGCACGCCAAACAAGUAAAUACACAAGUACAACAUUAGCAUCUCAUCACGUGGUUAAUGUUCUGGCUCAAAAUAAUGACACAAUAGACAUAGAAAAUAGUCACACGUGCCGUUCGCCGAUGCUUAAUUUAACAGCCACAGGUAGCUCCACAGUGAACAAUGUUUGUUCGCUUAAUCAGUUGAAUAUCAAAGCCAAAGGCAAAGCAACCAUCAUGGCAAUGCCCUCGUCAUGUCCGCAAACAGCUGAGAUUCAUGCAGCAGGAGCAGCUCGUGUCAAAAACGUAUGUGCAAUGGAUUUAAUGAAGAUAGACAUCGAAGAUAAAUCUGUCGUAUCUAUGGAUCCAUCUUCACCAUGUCCUAAAAUGGCUACCGUUACAGUUAAUAACACAUCUGAAAUUGAAAAUCUUUGUGCUAGUGAUCACUUGGAUGUAAUGAUAUUUCAAGCUAAUAAGAUUACUUUCAAUUCAACAACAUCAUGUCCAAAAGUCAGCGCUUUUUAUAUGAAAUCGGUCGAUUCUGUUUCCGAUCUUUGUGCAAGUGAAGAAAUGAGUUUAAUAUCCGCUCAAAUGGAAAAGAUUUCUAUCAAUUCAGCGACAGCAUGCCCACAAAAAGUUGUCCUUGACGCUCAGGAUAUAACCGAAGUUUCCAAUCUCUGUGCUAGUGAACACAUGGACAUAACAGCAGUUGGUAUAGGCUCUGUUACUGUGAAUUCAUCGGGUGUAUGUCCCGAAAAGGUUCUUCUUAGUGUUCAAAGUGCACAAGAUAUUAAGAACAUCUGUGCAAGUGAGGAAAUGUACAUAGCAACAGAUAGGUUAGGUCUUCUUUCAAUUGAUUCUGCAGCCGCGUGUCCAAAGAAGACUUUUCUUGCUGCUCGAAGUAUACANGUACAGAAAUCAAUCCACAGAUAA